AAGCACACUCUGCCCAUGCUCAGAGACCCUCGCGCCGCCCUGGAGGAGGCCUCAGUGCCGGCCCGCCUUCUCUGCUGUCUCUCCUCUCUGGAGCCGCCGCAGCGCCGCCGUCCGGACUCUGCUGGCCCAGCGCGAGGCCUAGGCCCAAAGCCGGGGCCUCGCGUGACCCCCCUCCCCAACAUGGAGCGCUUUGGGCCGCCUUUCAUCUACGACGACGCCGGGGAUGCGGCCGGGGGAGUAGGCCUCGCGGGCUACGGAAGCGGAGGAGGAGGCGGCGGAAGCGACCGGACAGCCCGACAACAAGCCCGGCAUUAUCAGCUCCUCUCCGAGCUGCAGACCCUGGUCAAGGCUCUGCCCAGCUCCUGCCAGCAGCGGCUGUCCUACACUAUCCUCAGCGACCUGGCCUUGGCACUCAUCGACGGGACGGUCUUUGAAAUCGUGCAAGGUUUGCUGGAGAUCCAGCACUUGACGGAGCGCAACCUCUACAACCAGCGGCUCACGCUGCACAGCGAGCACCGAGCCCUGAAGCAAGAGAUGCUGCACAAGCACAAGGAUGCCCAGCAGUGCUGCAAGCCUCACAACCUGCCCCUGCUCAAAGCUGCACAGCAGAGGGAGCUUCAGGCCAUGGAGCAGCGCAUCCACAAUGAGCAGCUGAUGAUGGACAAGAAGAUUGUCUUGGAGCUGGACCAGAAAGUCGUGGACCAGCAGAGCACCUUGGAGAAGGCGGGUGUCUCCGGGUUUUACAUCACCACCAACCCACAGGAACUGACGCUCCAGAUGAAUAUGCUGGAGCUCAUUCGGAAGCUGCAGCAGAAGGAGGCACAGCCAAGGAAGCCUUUCUCUUGAGGAGGCCCUGUCACCUUGCAAGAGAGAGAGGUUUCUUUUUGUAUUUCGAAGGAAAUGGGAAUGAGAGAGAAGGCUUGCAGAGACAAGAGACGCUUUUAGCCACCUGCGAUUCCCACCCAAAGCCUCAGAACUCGAGAUUGAUUUCUCCGAUUUGUCCCAAUUUGGUCCGAGCUUGAAUCUGGGAGUUGUCAUCCCAACGUCAUUCUUCCAAGCUCAAGGUUUUUUUCAAGGCGUUUGUUUUUGAAAUGGGGCAAAAACAUGCAAUAAAAUGGACCGGAUGGCCUCCAUUCAGGAAAAAUAUUAAAA